AUGUCUCAAGAAGGAGGAUCAAGUAGAGAGAGCACUCUUGCCUCGCAAAUUGAAAGACUUGCUCAAAGAUUUGAAAACAUGUUUGAAAGGCAAAAUGAAGCAAUAAGGAAUGUUCAAGAGGCGUUGACAAAUAAUGCAAGAAGGCGGUCACGUGAUCGUUUUUCACAUGCCCAUGGAGACUCUAGUAAUUCUUCAAGAGAAAGAAGAAGAAAUAGGAGAGAUGAUGAAGAAAAGAGGAAUGAUGUUGAAGCAUACUUAGAGUGGGAAUUGAAGAUAGAGCAAGUAUUCUCAUGCCAUGAUUAUAGUGAAGAAAAGAAAGUAAAUGUGGCUUCCCUAGAGUUUUACGACUACGCGUUGGUGUGGUGGGAUCAAAUUCAAAGGGACCGAAGGAGAUAUGAUGAGGAGCCUGUAGAUACAUGGACUGAAAUGAAGAACCUAAUGCGUAGGAGAUUUGUUCCUACAUACUACAAUAGAGAGCUUCAAGGUUUGAGGCAAGGUGGCAAAAGUGUUGAUGACUAUUAUAAAGAAAUGGAAGUUGCCAUGAUACGAGCUAAUGUAUUUGAAGAAAGAGAAGUAACAAUGGCUCGUUUCUUAAAUGGGUUGAACCAUGACAUCCGUGACAUAGUGGAACUUCAUCCCUAUGUGGAACUUGAAGAUUUGGUUCACCAAGCUAUUAAAGUAGAAGCACAACUAAAGAGAAAGGGUACUUUGAGGAAGAAUGUCUCUUCUUACAACUCAAAAGGGUGGAAGGAAGAAGUAAAGAAUGAGGAAAUAUCAAUUAAGGAUACAAUUGUGCAAAGUGGUAAACCUUCCUCUAAAACUUCUUUUAAUUCUACUAAUACUUCUGCUUCUCCUACUUCUCAGCAUAGAGCAAUCAAAUGCUUCAAAUGUCUUGGAAAGGGUCAUAUUGCAUCCCAAUGUCCAAACAAGAAAACCAUGAUUUUGAGAGAGAAUGGUGAGAUCUCAAGUGAUAGUUCAUCUCAAUCAUCACACGCUUCAAGUGAAGAGGAUAGUGAGUUUGAAGCUUUAUGCCACGAGGGAGAUUUGCUUAUAGUAAGGCGUCUCUUGGAUAGUUUAGCUAAGGAGGAUGAUACCACACAAAGAGAAAAUAUUUUUCAUUCAAGAUGUUUGGUACUUGGAAAGGUUUGUUCUCUUAUUGUUGAUGGUGGUAGUUGUACCAAUGUGGCUAGUAUUCUACUUAUUGAGAAAUUCAAUCUUACUACUAUUCCUCACCCCAAGCCUUAUAAGCUACAAUGGUUGAGUGAUGAAGGGGAGUUGGUUGUUAAUAGGCAAGUUUUAAUUACUUUUUCUAUUGGCAAGUAUAAAGAUGAAGUCUUGUGUGAUGUAGUGCCUAUGGAAGCAAGUCAUAUACUCUUAGAAAGACCUUGGCAGUUUGACAAGAAAGCUAUUCAUGAUGGUCAUUCUAACAAGUUCACAUUUAUACAUAAAGGAAGCACAAUCACUCUAGUGCCCAUGACUCCUAGUCAAGUGUGUGAUGAUCAAAUAGUCAUGAGGUUGAGAAGAGAGCAAGAGAGAAAAGAUGAAAAGAAAAAGAGUGAGUUUGAGGGGAACCUUAAAAAGAAAGGAGAAAAAGUGAAGACACUUACAAGUGGGGAAUAUGAGAGUGAAGAGAAAGGUGAAACACUUACAAGUGAGAAAUAUGAGAGUAAAAAGAAAGGUGAAGAAAACAAUCAAUAUGAAAAGAGAGAAAAUUUGUUUGUAAUAAAGAGUCAAAUUUGA